AUGGGCAAGGGCCAUCCGUCCAAAGGAAAGAAGGGUCCAGCGCCACCUCCAGCAGCGACGGUCGAGGCAAGUCCGGCUUCGAGCGCAGAGGACCGGUCGGAUGGAGCCACUCCAGCGCCCCCGGUUUCGCAGGACGCUCCCCUCGGAAGCGGCACGCGGAAAGAUGCCGACGCGCCUCUGCCGGACGACGAGGACCUGGAUGUGGCGGCGGAGACGUCUCCAGCUUCGCCCGCGGCCGCAGAUCCUGCUGAGGAGAAGAGUGCUCUUCACCCAGUCGCGCUGCAAGCAGCGAAGGGGCCGCCGCCAGCUGGCAAAGGAAAGGCCAAAGGUCCUGGCAAGCCGGCAAAGGGGCCACCGUUGCCUCCAGCACAAGGAUAG